GGUACGUACAUGUAAUUGUUAUGAAUGUGAAAGCGUGUCCACUGUCCAAGUGGCUUAUGACUUAUUUGAUAUUUUAAGUGAUUGGAUCUUGAAGAAACUUGAAGAAAAAACUUGCUGUUCAUUACUGGAAUUAAGACAAAGAAAUUAAAAUGAACUGGUUAAUUCAACAUUGGAUACACGCCGUUCUCUUAAUUCAAAUUACAAUGUUUUCUAACGCUGAUGACAAGACGCGUACCUACAUACUAAAAACUGGGAAAAUGAUACUAAACGAUGGAAUAAAUGUGCAAGAAAAUAUUCACAUCGGAGCAGCGAAUACCCUAAUGGAAUGCGUGCGCAUGUGCUCACAACCUGACUGUAAAGCAGUCAACUACAACGAGGCUGAGAGGGCGUGUGAAAUAAAGGAAUUCGAUGAAUAUUACAAAAUGUCCAGAACAGUCGAUGAAGACGAAAACUGGAAACAUGCUGUCAAGAAUGAAUGCCCGGGAGAAUUCAUCAAUGGUUUUUACCCGGGAUCCUGCUACUUUAGGAAUGCUACCAGAAAGAUGAACUGGACGUCAGCAAGAGAGCACUGUCAAGCCAUGGGCUCCGAAUUAGCUGUACUUGACAGUAUGGACGAACUGAAUACUUUGCGCAGACAACACCAUAAUUACACCGGAAGAUAUGUAUACUGGGUCGGGGCAACAGAUGCUGUUGAAGAAGGGUCCUGGAGGUGGAUAGGUAUCAACAUAACUCUAAGCGAUGACUUCCCUGCAUGGACGAAUGGUAGUAGAGAAGCAAGCGAUACCAACAAAACGGAUUGUUUGGUUGUAGGGAUUGAAGCAUAUGAAGUUAGAAUAAAGGCCGCAGAUUGUGCAUAUGAAAAAGAAUUGCUUUGUGAAUUGCCUUUAUACUGAAACUAAUUCAACAAUGCAGAAAGACAUUCUAUGAGAUUGACCCAUAUACUUAAACUAGGUUUUAUCAUACUGAGUUUACACACAUUGC